AUGGCUCCUAGCUUAAGCAAGAAUGCUCUGGAUGUUGUGGGGCUAGUGGAUGGUGAACAACCUUUGUCAAUAACUCUCGAAGGAAGAACCUUUCUUGCUAAUGGCCAUCCAAUUCUCACUGAAGUCCUUAUUAAUAUUAUAGCCACACCGUCACCAUUUAUUUCUUCAAACAAGGCCAAGAACUUGGUUGGCUGCUUUGUGGGGUUUGAUGCUUAUGAAUCCAAAAGCCAACAUGCUGUUUCCUUUGGCAAGCUUAGUGGCAUAAGAUUCGUGAGCAUAUUCAGGUUCAAGAUCUGGUGGACAACCCACUGGAUCGGCAGUAGUGGAAAAGAUGGGGAGCAUGAGACACAGAAUAUGAUUUUGGACAGCAAUGACUGGGGACGCCCCUACGUUCUGCUACUUCCUCUCCUUGAAGGACCUUUCAGGACUUCUCUUCAGCCAGGGGUUGAUGACAGCGUCGAAAUUUGUGCGGAAAGUGGGUCCACCCAAGAUGCAUUUUGUCUUACUGUAGACCCUAAAGGAGUAUGGGAAGGUGUUAAGGGCCUAGUGGAGGGUGGUCGGUGCCCUCCAAGGGAGCUACAAGGACUGAAUCCUACGGCUGCUGGAGAGCAAAUGCCUUGGAGAUUAGUAAAAUUUGAAGAGAAUUACAAGUUUAGGGACUAUGAGAGUCCUAAUGUAGCCUCUGGCAAGCGAAUGAGAGCGUUUAUAAGAGACCUUAAAGAGGAGUUUGGGACGGAAGAACAUGUGUAUGUUUGGCAUGCUCUUUGUGGAUAUUGGGGUGGGAUAAGGCCCAAUGUCGGAGGGAAUGUGCCUGAGUCUAGGGUCAUUAGACCUAAGUUGUCACCGGGUUUGCAGAUGACAAUGGGAGAUCUAGCAGUGGAUAAGAUCAUCAAUAAUGGAGUAGGAUUGGUCCCACCAGAGCGAGCCUAUAAGAUUAAUUUUCGAUCAAAUGGGUUCUUGCAGCUGCUAGAAAUGCUAUCUGAGGAAUUUGGCGGUCGGGUGGCUCUUGCUGAAGCUUAUUACAAGGCACUAACGGCUUCCGUGAAGAAGCAUUUCAAAGCGAAUGGUGUCAUUGCUAGCAUGGAGCAUUGCAAUGACUUUAUGUUCCUUGGUACAGAGGCCAUUGCUCUAGGACGUGUUGUGACCCAUCAGGAGAUCCGAAUGGGACAUAUUGGCUAUUGUGCCUACAAUAGCUUGUGGAUGGGCAAUUUUAUACACCUAGAUUGGGAUAUGUUCCAAUCCACCCAUCCUUGUGCUGAAUUCCAUGCUGCAUCAAGGGCUAUUUCCGGUGGACCAAUUUAUGUGAGUGAUUCUGUUGGCUAUCACAACUUCAAGUUGCUCAAGGCCUUAGUGUUGCCUGAUGGGUAUAUUUUGCGCUGCCAAUAUUAUGCACUUCCUACGAGAGAUUCUCUCUUUGAAGACCCAUUACAUGAUGGGAAAACCAUGCUCAAGAUUUGGAACCUUAACAAACAUACAGGAGUUCUAGGAAUUUUCAAUUGCCAAGGAGGAGGAUGGUGCCCUUUAUCGAGGAGAAACAAGAGUUCCAACCAAUAUUCACGCACUGUAAUCAGUUUGGUCAGUCCUAAAGAUAUUGAAUGGAACAGUGGAAAGAGCCCAAUAUCUGUCACAGGAGUAGACAAAUUUGCUGUUUAUUCUUUUAAAGAAAAGAAAGUGAAGCUGUUGAAGUCAUCAGACAACUUGGAGAUUUCCCUUGAACCAUUCAAUUAUGAGCUGUUUACAGUUUCUCCAGUGACAGUAUUGCCAAGAAAAUUAGUUCAGUUGGCUCCCCUUGGAUUAGUGAACAUGCUUAAUACUGGGGGUGCAAUUAAGUCACCAACGGUUAUUGAUGAUGAAAACUUGAAGAAUUGGGGUUAA